GUUAGCCAAUAUACAUUUGCCAUGUGCAGCUACAGAGAGAAAAAAUCAGAGCCUCAGGAGUUAAUGCAACUUGAAGGAUACACUGUUGAUUAUACAGCACCCCAUCCAGGCCUGCAAGGUGGCCAGAUGUUCUUCAAUGCUGUAAAAGAAGGUGACAUAGUGAUAUUUGCCAGUGAUGAUGAACAAGAUCGGAUCCUGUGGGUCCAAGCAAUGUACAGAGCUACUGGUCAAUCUUACAAGCCGGUUCCUGUAGGUCAAGCACAGAAGAUGAAUCCAAAAGGAAGCAAUACUCACACAGAUUUAUCACAGAGGCUGGUUUAGCCCAGGCCAAGUCUUCGUGUUAGAUGAAUAUUGUGCUCGUUAUGGAGUAAGAGGCUGUCACCGCCAUCUCUGCUAUCUGAAUGAAUUGAUGGAACAUUCAGAAAAUGGUGCUGUCAUUGACCCAACCUUGCUCCAUUACAGCUUUGCCUUUUGUGCGUCUCAUGUUCAUGGCAACAGGCCUGAUGGAAUUGGGACUGUAACUGUUGAAGAGAAAGAAAGAUUUGAAGAUAUUAAGAAGAGGCUUUCUUCCCUUCUAGAAAACCAGAUAAGCCACUUCAGAUAUUGCUUUCCUUUCGGACGUCCUGAAGGAGCUUUGAAAGCUACACUUUCCUUGCUUGAGAGGGUCUUAAUGAAAGAUAUUGCUACUCCCAUCCCAGCAGAAGAAGUGAAGAAAGUGGUUAGAAAAUGUCUGGAGAAAGCAGCCUUGAUCAAUUACACUCGACUUACAGAUUAUGCCAAAAUAGAAGAGACGCUGAACUUGGCAUCUCCUUCUGUAAAGCUGGAAGAGGUUAUUCAUUUAGCAGAGCUCUGCAUUGAAGUCCUGCAGCAGAAUGAAGAACAUCAUUCAGAGGGAAAAGAGGCCUUUGCAUGGUGGCCAGAUCUGUUGGCUGAACAUGGGGAGAAGUUUUGGUCUCUUUUUACUGUUGACAUGGAUUCUGCACUGGAGGCACAGCCACAGGAUAGCUGGGAUAGCUUUCCUCUUUUCCAGUUACUCAAUAACUUCCUGAGAAAUGACUCACUUUUGUGCAAUGGAAAGUUUCACAAGCAUUUGCAGGAGCUUUUUGUUCCCUUGGUCAUCCGCUACAUUGAUCUCAUGGAAUCAUCCAUUGCCCAGUCCCUUCACAGAGGUCUUGAACAGGAAUCAUGGCAGCCUGUCAAGACCAUCACCAACAGUCUUCCCAAUGUAGCUCUUCCAAAAGUUCCAAGUUUGCCUCUUAAUCUUCCACAGAUACCUAGUUUUUCUACACCAACAUGGAUGGCUUCUUUAUAUGACUCCACUAAUGGGUCAGCAACAUCAGAAGACCUCUUCUGGAAACUGGAUGCCCUACAGAUGUUCAUCCUAGAUCUCCAUUGGCCAGAACCAGAGUUUGCCCAUCACUUAGAACAGAGACUUAAACUUAUGGCCAGUGAUAUGAUAGAAGCUUGCAUCAAAAGAACAAGAACUGCUUUUGAACUCAAAGUGCAGAAGACAAACAAAUCAACAGAUUUGCGUAUUCCUUCUUCUGUAUGCACAAUGUUCAACGUGCUAGUUGAUGCCAAGAAGCAAACUGCUAAACUUUGUAUUCUGAACGGUGGGCAGGAGUUUGCAAAUCAAUGGCAACAAUAUCAUUCGAAAAUUGAUGACUUGAUUGAAGAAACCAUGAAGGAAGCAAUUUCACUUCUUGUUUCAAAGUUUGUUGCUGUGCUAGAAGGUGUGCUCUCUAAAUUAUCAAGGUAUGAUGAAGGCACUUUCUUCUCAUCAAUACUUUCAUUCACUGUAAAAGCAGCUGCAAAAUAUGUUGAUGUUCCUAAACCAGGGAUGGAUCUUGCAGAUACUUACAUUAUGUUUGUUCGUCAAAAUCAAGAUAUACUUCGAGAUAAAAUCAAUGAAGAAAUGUACAUAGAAAAAUUAUUUGAUCAGUGGUACAGCAGCUCCAUGAAAAUCAUCUGUGUUUGGUUGGCUGACAGAUUAGAACUCCAGCUUCAUAUUUACCAGCUGAAGACGCUCAUCAAAAUAGUAAAGAAAACCUAUCGAGACUUUCGGUUACAGGGUGUGCUGGAAGGAACCCUAAACAGUAAAACGUACAACACAGUCCAUAGCCGUCUCACAGUAGAAGAAGCCACCGUUUCUGUAUCCAAUGGUAGUGGACUGCAAGGCAUCACCAUGAAAGACAGCGAUGAAGAAGAAGGCUGAUGUUUUAUGUCUCUCCCAAGUAUUUGUUUCAUAACUUGUCCCCAUGUUUGAAUGUAUGUUUUGCCUUACUGCCCGGGUACUGCAAUGUGAGCUCCUCCCAUUUGAAGGAAAGAGAAAAAGGGACCUCUGAAAAAUAACAUAAGAAGGGAGGUGGUGAGGAGCAGUGUUCAUGCCAAGGACAUUCUGACAUCCAUAGAUGUUGCAUCUUUUGCCAUGUGGCUUUGCUUUGUACUGUGAGAAUGCCAAUAAGGAGUCAGAGCUCCCCUUGUGAUUCAUUUCCUUUUGUUUGUAUUGUUGCAGUCUCUUGCCAUAUCUUCAGUGCAGCAUGCCUCUGUGCAGAAUGCAAACUGCAGACACCACCUAACCCUUUCGGCAGCCGUUCUUAUAAAUUCUUCCAUUUUACUGUACACAGCCAAUACUGUGGCACUUCAGAAAGAGUGAAACCCCACCUGUAUUUUCUAUAUGGUCUGAUGCUGCUGUGGUUUUGCUUUCCGAGGAAGUUGUAUUUUUGCUCUUUCAUUAUCAGGUGAAACAUUAAAAAUCUUACUCUUGUA